UAUGUGAAAUUUGAUAUUAUUGUAUAAUUUUUAGAUUAUUAUGUGUAUAGUGCUAUUGUUAAUUGAAACGUAUGUGUUUAAUCAUCAAGUUGUUAUCAAUAUUGAAUUAACUUUUGAACUUUUUUGUCGUUCUUCAUUUGUUCGUGCAUCUAAUAGUUACAGUUACCGGUAGUUCGUGUUAACAUUUGAAAUCGGACUUGAAUUUAAUUAUUAUUACUUUAUUUCAAUAUUAUUUUCAUUUUAUACAUUUGUUUUUAUAAUUAUGGCUUUUAUGUGUAUAGAUUAUUAUUUAAUUAUUGGAAUGGCUUGGAAAGUGCAAUAGGUUAUGCACAUGUAAUGACUUUCAUCCAAAUAUGCUUUUUCGGAAAAAUGAUCGUUGCGUCAUAUCAUUCUCGACAUGCUUCGACUUUUUAUCGAUAUAUCGAGAAAACCUUGGUCGUUGAAAUCGUGGCGCAGAAUAUCGCAGUUUUAUUAAAAAGUCAUGGCGUUAGCUGCUUUAUUUCAGAAGUUGAGUGGCAGUUGAUAGCUAUCAAGAGAAAAAAAUUCAAUAUGGAUGCCAUAAUGAACGUUUUUACGUGUUCACUCUUCAAUGGACAUGAAGAACAGAGAAAUUUUGUAACCGCGUGCAAUGCGGUCAAUAGAGUCAGUGUUUACUUCGUAAUAGUAUUUUUAGUACUUUUUAAAAUAUAACUAUUCUAAUUCAGUUAAUUUAUAAUAUUCACUCGCGAAAUUAGAAUCAGUGUUUGUUCAUCGAUUAUAAAUCAAAUAGUAGUCUUUUAUUUUUAUUUUUUUUUUUAAAUAUUCGGUUCAUUAGAAUCAGUGCUUCGAAAGCAUAAGGCGA